CAAUGGGAGCCAAAGCAAAACCAUAAUGAUAUAUAUGGCACUUCAAUCAAAAUCUGCAACGCACUUACGCACGCACACUUCGGCUUCUCCUGCUUACACGUAAUCGUUAGCCCUUUUCUCUUUUCUUUUUCUUUUGGGGAUGAAUUAUGGUAUCUAUAAAAAUGGUUUCUUUCCCAUAUCAACCAAAAAUGAAAAGGAAGAACAACGCUGUAAUAAAAUAAUAGAGAUAGAGUCAAACCAGAGGAGGGAGUUGGGUUGAGUUGUUAGCAGUUAUGGCUUCCACGUCACAACAAAACAAUGGUUAUGAAGAUGGGUUCAGGUACGUGGUUGUACGCCCGGAGAAGGGUGGACUUGGUGACUUGUUUCGCUACGCGGUGAUGGGUAACAUUGUUAGUGGGCUAAUGUUCUUGGAGAGCUCAGAUGACGACAUUUUGGGUAACGAGGUCAUAGAUAACAGGUGGGUUAUUGUUGUUUCCAUAAUUGCUAGGAAAAUCAUAGCUUUAUUUGGGAAACCCUUGGAGUGGACUGGAUAUCUGCUCGAUUUCAUUCUUAAUCUCCUUUCCCAGAACGGUAACCUCAUUGGCUUGUUCUGCAACAUUGUCUGUGGAAGGGUAGUGGUGCCGAGGAGGGGCACAGAGACUUUUAUUAGUACAAUUGGACAAUUAGAUGGGCGGAUAGACCUUCACAAGGGGGAAAGCUUAGCCAGAGAAAUUGAUGGGGAGGUGGAAAUAGGAACCCGGGCUCUUAUGGACCUCUGCAUUAUGGCAUCGAAGUUAGCAUAUGAGAAUGCCCAAGUGGUUAAUAAUGUCGUAGUCCAUCACUGGAAGAUGCAUUUCGUGGACUUUUACAACGGCUGGAAUUAUUUCCAAAAGGAGCCGUCCACUCAAGUAUUCAUACUCUGCGACAAGCCUAAAGAUGCAAAUUUGAUAUUGAUUAGCUUCCGGGGCACAGAACCUUUUGAUGCUGAUGAUUGGAUUACUGAUUUUGAUUAUUCAUGGUAUGAGAUACCAAAUUUCGGAAAGGUUCAUAUGGGAUUCAUAGAAGCUUUAGGUCUAGGAAACAGAACUGAUGUCACAACAUUUCAAAGUAAGCUUCUAAUGAAUCACAGAGAGUCAAACGACAGUGAUGUUUCAAAACGCACUCAACCAUCUGACAUAGGACAAGGUGGAUCUUCUACGAGUGAAGGGCAACUCCAACCAGAAAUGCUGGAAAUGUCAGCAUACUACGCUGUGAGAAGGAAGCUCAAAAGCUUACUAGACGAGCACAAGAACGCGAAAUUUGUAGUCACCGGCCACAGUUUAGGUGGGGCAUUGGCCAUAUUGUUCCCCACAGUGCUGGUGCUUCACAAAGAAAUGGAGCUAAUGCAGAAGCUCUUGGGUGUCUACACAUUUGGACAACCUAGAAUUGGUAACAGGGAGCUGGGGAAAAUCAUGGAAUCCCAUUUGAAUAGUCCAGUCCCAAGGUACAUCAGGGUGGUCUACUGCAACGAUCUUGUACCUCGGUUGCCCUAUGAUGACAAAACGUUCUUGUAUCACCAUUUUGGGGUCUGCCUUUACUACGACAGCUUCUAUGUUGAGCAAAAGGUGAAAGAGGAACCGAACAAAAAUUUCUUUCAGCUGAGAAAUGCUUUUGCAGUGUAUGUUAAUGCCAUAUGGGAGUUGAUAAGAAGUUAUAUUAUGAAAUACGUGUACGGGAAAGACUACGUCGAAGGGUGGUUUGAGAUAGUGGUGAGGAAAAUCGGACUUGCACUUCCUGGAAUCUCAGCACAUGGUCCAACAGAUUAUGUUAACUCCGUGAGGCUGGGACGUGAACACAGCCUUCAUAUGUCGUCUCUUUGAGGUUUCUGUUUUGCAGCUCGCAUGUGCAGAAUGGUCCAGUGGUCCUUAAUAAAGAAAAGUCACGAGGAACAAAAGUCACUUUUAGGUAUUUUGCUUGUGUUACGGGUAAUGUCCUUGUUUUGUUUCCUUUUCGGUUUUGCAUAUGCAUUUUGUGGGUGAAUAUAAGAAAAUUCCAAGUUUUAUUUGCUUUUGUACAACACAACACCCCAAUAUAACUUACAUGUGUACCUAUAUCACGGUUUCUUAAUGGAAUGUCUGAUGCUAAAUUCA